UGAUCGAACGCCUCCAAUGGCCUUGUCCCAGAUGACAAGGCUAUAGCCCAUGGGCCAUGGUCGCCGAGCCUUCCACACCCGCCGCCGCCUUCGCCGGCGACGCAAACUUCACCGAGCCAUGGAGCGCGCAGGUGCGGACCCUGACGCGCCUCAGGCGGCACCGAGAGGCGCUGGCCCUCCUACGCCACGGCGACCCGUCGCCACCGCCGCACGCCCUGGCGCUGCCGUCCGCGGCAAUCUCCUGCGCCGCGCUGUCCCUCUCCUCCGGCAUCUCCCAGAUACACGCCCUCGCCGCGAAGCGCGGCUUGCUCCCUGCCGCCGACGCCUACCUCCUUUCCGCGCUGCUCACCUCCUACUCCCGCAUCGGCCGCCUCCCGCUCGCCCACCAGCUUCUCGACGAAAUGCCUCUUGAGUCCACGCCCCACACCACGCUCCGCACCGCGUUCAACUCCGUCAUCUCCGGCUGCGCGCUCCACGCCCUGCCGGCCGCCUGCUUCACCGUCUUCCGCCGCAUGCGCGCCGCCUCGGUCCGCUUUGACGCCGUCACCCUGCUCGCGCUUGUCCCCGCCGCGCCUCUGAGCGCCGUGCCGCAGGUCCACGCUCUCGCGGCCCGAGCCGGGCUCGCUGCCGAGACUUCCGUGGCCAACUGCCUCAUAUCCACCUACGCGCGAGGCGGCGCGGCCGGCGCCGCCCUCGCCCGGCGGGUUUUCGAUGAGAUGCCGCUGGCCUCGCGCGACCUCGUGUCGUGGAACGCCGUGCUCUCGGCGCACGCGCAGAACGGCCUGGCUGUCGACGCCCUCGAGCUCUACCGCCGCAUGCGUGGCCCGGACGGCGGCGGGGUUGAACCUGACGCCGUGACGCUCGUCGGCGUGCUCUCCUCCUGCGCGCACCAGGGCGCGCGUGGCAUGGGCUUCGACAUCGAGCGCUACGUACGCGAGAGGCUCCCCAGCUUUCGCACCAACGUGCAGCUGUGCAACGCGCUGAUCAACUUUCACGCGCGCUGCGGCAGUCUGCCCCGGGCGCAGCGGCUGUUCGACGAAAUGCUCAGGAGGAGCAUCGUGUCGUGGACAGCGCUGAUCACUGGGUACGGCAUGCACGGACACGGUGACAUCGCCGUCAGCCUCUUCGAAAGGAUGGUGUCGGAAGGCAUCCGCCCAGACAACGUCGCUAUGGUUGGCCUCCUGUCAGCAUGCAGCCACGCCGGGAUGUACGACGAGGGGCGCAGGUAUUUCUCAACAAUGGAAAGCGCUUACAAAUUGCAACCAACUCUGGAGCACUACACAUGCAUGGUCGAUCUCCUUGGACGGGCUGGGCGACUGGAAGAAGCACGAGAGCUCAUCUCGUCGAUGCCCAUGCCAGCUGACGGCGCAGUCUGGGGUGCCCUUCUUGGAGCGUGCAAGAUACACAGGAACGCGGAGUUAGGGGAAGAGGCCUUUGAGCACAUCAUCGAGCUGGAGCCGAGAAAUGCAGGCUACUACGUGCUCAUGUCGAACAUAUACACCGACACAGGGCAGCUGGAUGGCGUCGCGAGGGUGCGGGCGAUGAUGAGGGAGCGCGGGCUCAAGAAGGAGCCUGGGUGCAGCUACAUAGAGCACAAGGGGCGGGUGCAUCUCUUCAUGGCCGACGACCAUUCGCACCCGCAGGCAAAGAGGAUCUACGAGCUUGUGAUCAGGCUGGAGCAGAUGGUCAAGGAGAAGCCGGGAGCCAGGGAGAGCGGGGCAGCCGGGGGUGGUGAGAAGAAAGUGGCUGUGCAGCCAUUGAUCGGGUUUCACAGCGAGAAGUUGGCUGUAGCAUUUGGGUUGCUGAACACCGAGGCCGGCAGUGAGAUCGUGGUUAUCAAGAACCUCAGAGUGUGUGGGGACUGCCACUCGUUCUUGAAGGCGGUUUCAGGGAUUGCCAACCGGGCGUUCCUGGUCAGGGACGCCAGCCGCUUCCAUCAGUUCAAGGGCGGAGUCUGCUCCUGCAAAGAUUACUGGUGAAGGACUUGGUAAUCGCUGUGCGAAGUCAUUAUCUGCCAAACAUCAGAUACCGAGUUACCGGCGCCCAUAGUGUAUGGGCGACAACCAGCAGAACAAGGGGCUACUUUGAAUGUGCCGAUACAGGAGUCGCUGCUCCUUGCUAACUCCAAAUCUCCAAUGGAAGAAUCUGGGGAGCGCAACACUGAUAAGAGAAGUAAUUUGUAAUCGCUGCACCAUCAAACCGUUGGAAAAGGAAAGAUUUGCACCGAGUUGACAGUGCAAGGCACUUUCGCUCGAAGACCAUCCAGGGUGUCCAGCCAAACUCUCCUUGCAAAGCAUGCGGAAUUGAUGUGGAUACUUGAGAUCGCAUACUGUACUGAGUCUGUGACACUGAAGCGCAGAAUUUGCACAGCUACACGGAAAGGCUGCAUUCACAAAGUCCGGGACGAGAUCUAGUCUGCAUUCAAACAACAUAAAAUACUAUUUAGAAGAGCUAAGGCUAAAGUUUAGUGGUAGCUAAAUUUCAGCUGGCUAAAAAUAGUCAUGUCCUGUUUGGAUAUAUAGGCUAAAUUUUAGCUUUUCUGAAUCUUAGCUAUGAUACAAUAAAAAUCCAUUUUGCCCCCCACACAAAGCAUGGGGAGAUGAGGAUAGAUAAGGUUUG